AAAACCGGCUGCUGGAUUGCAAUUAUUUGAGGUUAUAUAUUACUUUAAUUGUCAAACCUUCGUUUUAAUAAUCCAGUGUCCUGCUGGUGCAUAUUUUGACUUUGUGAUAUUGAGCUUCUAAUAUAAUUUGUGUUAUGUCAGAAACUAGUGUUCCAUUAAAAAACAUGAAACUAAUAUUUUAUAUGUAUAUUUUUCUACAAACACUGUACUCAGUAAAUGGAAAUUUAGAAGUUGUUCAAGAUGAUGAAUUAAUGAAUUUAAUAAGAACUGAAAAAUAUGUUGUUGUAUUGUUUUCUAGAAAAUACUGCGAAUCCUGUGAUAACUAUGCAAAUGAGUUAACUGCAUUAAGGGAAGAUUUAGUGGAGACUUUGAAUGCAUGGGUUGUGAAAGUAGAAAAUAGUCAAAUGACAAGACUAUACAGUCCUGAUCUGGAACCAGUAUUAGUGUUCUUUCGCCAUGGCAUUCCUCUAUUAUAUGAUGGACCUUUAAAUGACGAAUUAAUUUUACAUACAUUUACAAGUAAUAAAGAUCCUGUGACAAAAGAAUUAACUGAUGAAACAUUUGAACAUUUGACUCAAGCGGCUACUGGUGCAACUACAGGAGACUGGUUUGUUUUGUUUUACACUCCCGAUUGUGUUGAUUGUACUCGACUGCAAGCUCGAUGGGAAGCUGUUGGGGCCCAGUUAAAAUCAAGAGUAAACGUUGCCCGAGUAAAUAGAGCUACUACAGGGGCAGCUACAGCAAGACGUUUUGAUGUGUUUAACGUGCCAACAUUUAUAUUAUUCCGUCAAGGCAAGAUGUACCGUUACCAAAUUCAAAAGUAUGAUGUAACGUCUUUUGUAGACUUUGCAAAAUCCUGGUAUAAAAAUGUUACACCAGAAAGAGUUCCUGUACCAAAAUCACCAUUUGAUGAUUUCACAGCUAUGAUUGCUGAUUACUUAAGAGAAAAUCCAUGGGUGUGGCAAAUUGGUUUUGGGACAUUUAUAUUAGGAGUAAUAGCAUCUUUCUUUACAAGACAUACUCAGCCAGUACCAGAGAAGAAAAAGCCAAGUAAGAAAGAUAAAAAAGAGAAAACCAAGGACAAGUAAAAAUGUGAAAUAGUAUGUGAAUUCCUAACAUUUUGUAUUAGUACAUUUUGUAUAUUUUUUGUACAAUAUUUGAAUAGUAAAUACUGUUUUUGAAUUUAUA